GCGCGCAGUUUCCUGCAGACCCGGAAGUGGGUCCUGUGAAGCGAGGAUACGGUCGCGGCGAGGAAGAAGCCUGGAAGAGGAAGCAAAAAGGUUCGAAAAUGGCUGUUACUCAGGAUCUCUUGACAUUCAGAGAUGUCGCUGUAGAAUUCUCCCAGGAGGAGUGGGAAUGCCUGGACCCUGCUCAGAGGACUUUGUACAGGGAGGUGAUGUUGGAGAACUACAGGACCCUGGUCUCCCUGGGGGGAGAGCCCUGGAGCGUGGAUGGCCAAGUGAAAGUAUCCAGAAACCGAAAUGAGUGGAAAUGUGUCACAAGUGUGAACACAGAUUCUUCUCCUAAAUGUAUGAUAAAAGAAUUGCCACCAAAAAGGAAAAGAGAUACAGGAGAAAUGUUCCAAUUGGUAAUGUUGGAAGCACACAAAAUUCAUGAUAUUCAGGAAUUGUUCUUCAGAGAAAUCCAGGCAGAUAUACAUGACUUUGACUGUCAGUGCACAGCAGAUGGAAGACUUGACACAGGAUUCUGUGUGAAACAGAAAGAAAAUCUCACUGAUAGAAGUGAUGAACAUGGUAGAAAGAAUACACGACAGAAACAUAUUAAAAAUUGGUUUGGAAUAAGCUUUAAAUCACAUCUGCCUGAACUGCAGGUACUUGACAGUGAAAAGAACAAAUGGAAUGAGUGUAUGAAAUCUUUUAACCAAGGUUCAUGUUUUACUACGCAUCAGGUAGUCCAUGCUGCAAAGAAACAAUUUUUAUGUGAUACAUGUGGAAAGGUCUUCAAUAAGACAACAAACUUUAGAAAUCAUCAGAGAAUGCAUACUGGAGAAAAGCCUUACAAAUGUAAUGAAUGUGGAAAAGUCUUCAGUAAAAAGUCAUACUUAGCAAACCAUCAAAGAAUCCAUACUGGAGAGAAACCUUUCAAGUGUAAUGACUGUGGCAAAGUCUUCAAUCAGAAAUCAAACUUUAUACGUCAUCAGACCAUUCAUACUGGUGAGAAACCUUACAAGUGUAAUGAAUGUGGCAAGGUCUUCAGUCUCAAGUCAUACCUAGCAAAUCAUCAGAGAAUCCAUUCUGGAGAGAACUACAAAUGUAAUGAAUGUGGGAAGGUCUUCAGUCAAAAGUCAAACCUAGCAAAUCAUCAGAGAAUGCAUUCUGGAGAGAAUUACAAGUGUAGUGAAUGUGGGAAGGUUUUCAGUCACAAGUCACACCUCACCAAUCAUCAUAGAAUCCAUUCUGGGGAGAAACAUUUCCAGUGCAAUGAAUGUGGCCAGGUCUUUAGUCACAAUUGCUACCUUACACAGCAUCUAAUAAUUCAUGCUGGAGAAAAGCCUUAUUUGUGUAGUGAGUGUGGCAAGGGCUUCAGGCAGAAAUCAUACCUUGAAAAUCAUCAGAGAAUCCAUACUGGAGAUAAACCUUACAAAUGCAGUGAAUGUGGUAAAGUGUUCCGUCAUAGGGCUUCUCUAGCACAGCAUAAGAGAAUCCAUACUGGAGAGAAACCGUACAAAUGUAAUGAAUGUGGUAAAGUGUACAGUCGCAGGUCACUUCUAGCAAACCAUCAAGCAGUGCACACUGGAAAACAACUUUACAAAUGUAAUGAAUGUGGUAAAGUGUUCAGUUGCCAUUCAGACCUUGCAAAACAUUUGACAAUUCAUACUAGAGAGAAAUCUUAGAAAUGUAAUGAAUAUGGCAAGGUGUUCAAUCUCAAAUCAUCCCUAGGCCAUCUUCUGAAAUUUCAUACUUGAGUGAAACCUUAAUGAAUUUGUCAAGAUUUUGAGUCAGAUUUGACACUUAGGCGCCAGUGCAUUCAUAAAGAGUGAGAAGGGCCAACCAGGUAGCUCAGUGGACUAAAGCACCUGCUUAGGCAGACACAGGGACUGGGCUUCAAUUCCUGGUGUACCAUGCUGGCCCCGCCCCAGGGGUGCCCUGAGGUGGCUAGUGAGAUGGGUGGUAGUGCGCACCUGUAAUCCCAGCACUUGGGAGGCUAAAAACAGGAGGGUCACUAUGAGUCCAAUCUGUAGUGAGACCCUGUAGACCCUCUACUAAAUACAUAAAGGAGUUGAAAAAUCUUAAAAUCCAUGAGUUAGCAAAGCUGUUUGUGUGUAAGUCCAACUAAGCUCUUUAACACAUAGCAUACUGGAGAAAAGUGGUAAGGGCUUUUGUGACAAGCUAGCUUGGAUUUCAUUGGAGAUACCUACCUGGAGAGCAAUCUAAUAAGUGAAUGAGGCCAGUAGUCAUCAGGCACUGUUGGAGCCUUAGAAAACAUUGGCCACUUCCCAGUAGGAAGAUAAAUUUUUAUGUAGAACAAAAUGAGGCGAGGCUAGAGUUAUUUAACACAGCUAGACAAAAGCUAAUGCAUAGUAGAUACAAACCUUGCCAGUGUAGCAAUGCCUGAGGGUGAAAAUCUGACCUUAGUGUUCAAAAAAUUCAAACUGGAAGAAAACCUCACAACUGGGAUGGGAGUGUCAGGUCUUUCAGUAUGUUUUCAGGCCUCAGAACACAUCUGACAAUAUAUCCUCAAGAAAAACCUGGAAAAAAAUCAGUUUGGCAAAUCUGGUAUUCACUCCUUGCACUAGCAUAUUUCACAUAACCUAUACCGAAGAGUAACCAUAGGAAUAUAUGCAAACUGUAUUACAGUUUGCUUAAUUCUGGAGAAUUUGCACAUGAGUGAUACCUUACAGAUGAAAGUAGCAAAAUCUUCAUAGAAGUCAAGCAAUAAUCAAUAUCCAAUCCAUACUGUAGAGCAAUAAAGAAAACUACAACAGACUUGUAAGCCUUAAGGCUUAAAAAGUAUCAAGUUUCAUAUCUUUGAGGAAGCCAUACAGAAGUAGUGGAUGUACUAAGGCUUUUAUCCAAGCAUCAAAACUAUUGAAGUGGAAUAAAAUAAAGUGGAAAGUAACCUUAAAAUGAAUACAGUCAGUCAUCAAGUGUUAAUUUUGUUGUCAUAAAAUGAUUUGUUCUGAAGUGAAACCAGACCAAUACAAUGAGCUUGGAAAGGUCAUUUUUGCCAGGCAUGGUACAUGCCUGUAACCCCAGCAUUUGCCAGGCUAAGGCAGAAAGGUAGACUUAA